AUACUCCUGCUACCACCUACGCACUGUUCUCUCGAUUGACUUCACGUACAAUGCCAGUCAGAGGAAGCGACGUUCUUCUUAUCAUCGUGGCCAUUAUCUUCCCACCUGCUGCUGCAGCUUUCAUAGCAGGAUGCAGCUGUGACUUGCUCAUCAACAUUCUUUUGACCCUCCUUGGGUACAUUCCUGGUCAUAUCCACGCAUUCUGGCUCAUCUAUAAGAAGAUGAAAGCCGAGGAGAUGUAUGGAAUCGGAGGAUACCGCUAUGUUGGCAACGGCGGCUUUGAACCAAUGUACCCUGUUCAGCCUGCCGGUCAAGCGCCUCAAAGUUAUGGUGCUGUCCACUAGGCAUGGAUGUAACUCUGAAGGAAGAUAACGGACUGAGUUUCUUGUGAUUUGUUUUGUCCUCUAUUCGAACAAUUUUGGUCAUGUACUCUAGUGUCUGGACGGAUAUAUAAGUGUGAUAUUUGUGAUUGGC